AUGCUGCGCCAGGUCAACGUCGCGAUGCAUUUUCAAACGCGACAAGCCAUGGCCACGACGGCAGAGACGACGACGACGACGGAGCAGCAGCUCGCCAAGGUGGCGGCGUGCAUUCCGAUUGUGCCGUUCAAGGGCGUUGCGUUCUACGAUAUCGGCGGGCUCCUCGCGCACCCUGCCGAGUUUGCUUUGUGCAUGGACCUGCUCGAAGCCUACUUGGCGCCACUCGCCGAGAAGUUUUCAGCGAUUGGCUGCUUUGACGCGCGUGGCUUCCUCUUUGGCCCGCUCCUUGGCGUGCGCCUCCAGAAGAAGGUCUUUAUGCUCCGGAAGGAAGGCAAGAUGCCCCGCGUGGCCAACACGGUUACGUAUGGAAAAGAGUACUCGGGCGACAAUGGCCACGGCCUCGACUCGCUCUCGAUCCAGGACGGCGCGGUCGCUCCUGGCGACGCUGUGAUUCUCAUUGACGAUCUUAUGGCCACGGGCGGCACGAUGAAUGCCGGUGUCGAGCUCGUCAAGCAGGCCGGCGGCUCGGUCCUCAUGUGCAUGUGCCUCAUCGAGCUCGGCGCGCUCAAGGGCCGCGACGCAAUCAUCAAGAACCACCCCGACACACCGUUUUACACGCUCCUCUCGGAAGAUUUGUGGCAGUAACUGAGACCGAUAAUCCUUUUCUGCACAAUUGGUCUGGUAUUGCCCCCGAUGCGACGGAGUGCACGGUAAAUGGUAUUGGAGACGACGGC